CCCACACGGCUGAGGUCACCCCGGCCCAGCCUCUUGUGCAACUUUCCCAAGUGUGUGCCGAGAGGGAGAGGAGGAAAACUCGGGGAAGCCCUGGCCUCGGCCACCUCGGGGGCUCGCUCCGCGCCCGGCGACACGCCCCAGACUCUUGGAGAGCUGCCGGCCAGCCUCGGAUGCCCAGUGCGCGCCGCAGCCGCUAGAAGGGUGACAGCCCGGCCUCCAGGAAGAUGCCCUGGUUUGAAACAUCUGACUCAGCCGAGUGGGUGGGAGGAGGCCUCAAAGAACAGCCAUGGCCAAGGCCCAGCCAACGGCAGAGGAGAGUGGGCAAGGGAAGGGACUUCCGCCACCCUGAAUCUGCACAAGCCUUCUAGGCUCUGGAGCCGCUCCAUGAAUCCCCAGAAGAAGGUGGACCUGAAGCUCAUCAUCGUCGGCGCCCUUGGGUACCCCAGGAGUUAGCCCAAGGCUGGUGUCGAGAGAAGGAUAUCCCCUACCUUGAAGUCAGCGCCAAAAGCGACAUCAAUGUGGGGCAGGCCUUUGAGAUGCUGGCCAGUCGGGCUCUGUCGAGGUACCGCAACAUCCUGGAGAGCCACCUCACCGACUCCAUCAAGCUCUCGCCCCACCAGGCCCGGAGAAGAUGCUGCUGACUCCCGCACCGACACGGCCGGCCGCGGGCCUGGCCCCUCCGCUGGAGCGCAGGUGACACCAGCCAGCAGCCCCCCAGCCUGGCGGGCUGAGCCAGAACCCUUGACCCCUCGGCUGGACCCAGAACCAGGGAGGCCACAGCUGGGCCUGGAAGGUCACAGCCAACAUGCGGACCCUGGAGGAGACACAACUCCCUGAGUGGCCCCAGACGGCACACCUCAGCAGAGGCCAGUCCUGCCAGCUCCUGGGCCUGACCUCCCUGUCCCUGCACCUCCCACCCCAAAGCCAUGAGCACAGACGGCAAUGUGGCUCGGCCGCCCUCGGCAACCAGAACAAGGGUUGAGGCUGUGCACCCCACGUGCGGGGCCUGCCCCAGCGCCCAGCAGGGAAGCCGGAGAGCCCACUCUGCUCUUUGCAGAAGGGACUGAAGAGGCCCAGAGCAGGCCACCGGGCGCUCGCGGGCAUUCCUCCUCUCUGGGUGCUCGGCAGCCCACAUGCGUGUCUCAAGGCUCAGUUUUCUCCUCUGUGAAAUGGGUGAAUGUGUGGUUCUGAGGCCGAGGCUGCACUGGAUCUCGGUUGCUGCUGAUGCGCACGCCUGCUUCUUCUGCACGUUUUUCUGAGCACCUGCCACCUCCGAUGCCCUAAGGUCCAGGGACGAACCACACAGGCGAGGGAGCGGGGGCGGGGCGGCAGGCAGGGAGUCUAAACAGGGGUUUGGAGACAGCAGGUAAAUGAGCUAGAGAACGAGAAGGCAGGUGCCACCCGGGAGCCGGAGGAAGGUGCUCAGCGAGAGAAAGGAGCAAGAGCCCAGGCCCCGAGGUGAGGGCCAGGAACAGUGAAAGGGCGUUCCUUUGUGGGGGGGGGGGGCAGGAAAACCGCUCGGCGCCCCCUGGAUGCGCCUUGCUGUUCUACAGUUCAGCCACCAGAGGGCAGCAGUGCCCCUUCUCGGCCAGGCUGAGCUCCACGGACCCUGGCGGAGCUGCUAGGACGCGUUCCUGACCUCAGGACAGGAGAAUCCCAGUUUCUUAAGCUUCGGAAGAAAUGGGCAAAAACUGCAAUGCGUGUGAUUCAGGAAAGAAGCCAGCUCUGACGGUGGCAGGCAGGCAGGCACUGGAAAAAAGUGUAAGGGCACGAUCUGCUGCUGCUGGACAGAGCGGCCACGCUGGCCCGUGGGGGCCUCCAGUGGCCAAGUCCAUGCCCACCAGCGAAGGCGCUCUCAGCUCCAAGGCGAGCUGGCGAGGUCACCUGUGAGGGCCCCGUGUCAUCCGACUCCAGAUAUGAGGGGAGAGCAGCAUGGAGGGGGCGGAGGGCCCACAGGGGCAGACUGGAGCUCACGUCAGGGUCCCAGAGGCGGUGGCGUGUCCUCGUUGGGGUGGCUUCCUGCUCGUCACCCGGGGCGCUGGGAGCCGGAUGUGCUGCGGCUGGGUGUGCUCACUGUGCACAGCGCGUCCUAAGGCGCCGUUUCACUCUGUCCAGCCUCAGUUACCCAUGGUCGUCUGGGCAGUGGUGUGGAUGGAAAAGUCCAGAAAUAAAUGAUUCAACACUUGCCACCUGUGCGCUGCUCGCAGUGGCAGUGAGCCAU